AUGGCUACUGCAGCACGUGGUUUUGAUGACGAGUUUGUAGAACCGCUCAGUACCAGGUUGACAUGCCCUAUCUGUCAUCUAGCAUUUAGAGAACCAGUGCUAACUCGAUGUGGCCACCAGUUUUGCAGCAGCUGCUUGACGCCAUGUUUACAACGGUCUGCUUCUUGUCCUGUGUGUAGGACAAAAUUGAAUUCAUUCAAUAUUUUUCCUAACAAUGCACUGAAAAGAGAAAUACUGGACUUGAAUAUCAAAUGUUGUUUACACGAAAAAGGAUGUGCGUGGACUGGUGAACUAAGAAAUAGCGAAAUACAUGACAGAGAAUGUCAGUAUGUGGAUGUUGCGUGUGAGAAUGAAUGUGAGCAAUGGAUAAUGCGAAAAGACAUUGAUGAUCAUAUGACAAAUGAUUGUCCUCAACGAAUUGUCAUCUGUAAGCAUUGUACAGAGAAUAUGAAACAAGUAGCACUGAAAGAUCAUUACGAAGAAUGUGAUGAGUAUCCUAUAGAGUGUAGGUACAAGUGUGGCAUGAUGGUUCAGAGAUGUCAAAUGAAAGAUCAUAUUGGCAGGCAGGGAACAUGUCCAAACAGUCUUCUGGAUUGUGAUUUUGAGAACAAUGGCUGUCAGUUUAGAGGAAAUCGUCAUGAUUUAUGCAAACAUAUUGAAAACAACAUUGGUUUGCAUUUUAGUUUGAUUGCAAGUGCACUGAAAGAAACAAAAGAAGAACUGAAAGCUACGAAAGAAGAACUGACUGAAACUAGAGAUGAAUUGGAAGAAACUAAAGAUGAAUUGGCGGAAACUAGAGAUGAACUGACAGAAGCAAGAGUGCAACUUUCGGAAGAGAUACAUAGGAGAAGCCUGUCACUUUUACCACAAACCCCAAAACAGUUUUUGUUUACCUGGACAAUAGAUAAUUGGCAAGAGAAGAAGAGAGCAUCUAAAGAAGAGAAAAGUGGCAUGGAAUGGAUCACCAGCAGUUUCUUUUAUGUUUAUCCUGGGUAUCACUUGUACAUUGGUACUUAUCCAAAUGGUGACCAAGCUGCCAACAGAGGCCAUCUUGGUGUUUUUCUGUAUACAACUGGAGGUGAUUUUGACAGGACUCUGAGUUGGCCUUUUCCAUAUUCUUUUGAUUUUGAACUCAUAGACCAACAAGUUGGAGGAGAGAAUAUUUGUCUGCAUGUACCACCAGAUGCAUUAGGGUUGUCAUAUCGGGGAUAUGGUUCUCCCCAAUUUGCUAGUCACCAGGAACUGGAGUCAGGUUGUUACAUCAAAGAUGAUUCAAUUUGUAUAAAACUGUGUGUUCAUCUCGAGAAAAAUCAUCACUGACAAACAUUUUGAAUAUUUUGUGGUAACAGAUUGUCUAGAUAGUAUCUAGCUCUCGUAAGAUUCCUAUGCGUUGUUGUUGUUCAAGAUUGUUUGUUGUUAUUUUCAUUAUUGGUAAAUAGUAAACCUU